UCGAUGAUCAAUAUUUGAUGACCAGUCUCCCUGCAUAACUUGCUCACAAAGUUUCUGCAAAAUCGCUCUCAACACUUACAAGAGCCACAGAGAACCCCAAGAGAAGAACAGAAAAGACCGAAAUGGAAGCUCCAAAGAACAUCCCACACGAAAUCGGAGGAAUCCAAAACAACGCGCUUCGAUUCGGUCUCCAUGGCGUCAAAAGUGACAUCGUUGGAUCUCACCCCCUCGAAAUCUCCUAUCAAUCCGCAAGGAAGACGCAAGAGGACAUGAAGAGAAAAAUCCUUGCGAACACAUAUGGGACGGCGUUCCCAUUGAAGAUGGAUCUUGAUAGGCAAAUUCUUUCUCGAUUUCAGAGGCCUCCAGGGCCAAUUCCAUCUUCAAUGCUAGGUCUGGAGGCUUUGACAGGAAGCUUGGAUGAUUUUGGUUUUGAGGACUAUCUGAAUGACCCCCGAGAAUCAGAAAGUUUCCGGCCACUGGACAUGCAUCAUGGUAUGGAAGUGCAUCUAGGACUAUCCAAGGGACCAGUUGCCCCAAGCUUCAUAUGAUGUGGCAGAUAUCUGCUCUUGAAGAAUCUCAGAAUGUGCUUGUACUAGUUGUUACCUUAUUCUCAAAAAAACAAAAGGCUUUGACAUUUUAUUGGAGCCCUGACUUUAUGCCAUCUACUACUUGCAUCUGAAACUUUUAUCCUCUUGCUACUUGAAUUUAUUCUUUUCUUACCUUUCUCA